GUGCAGCACAACUUUGAAGUUUAGUAUCGGAAUCCAGGAGAACUCACCAGCAGGUCCAUCUGAACAUCACCAUGAAGCUGAUUUUUUCUUUGACUCUCAUCUGGGCUCUCUACAGCACAGCUGGAGCCCUGAUGUGUAUGAACUGCACAGACCAGACAUGUUCAAGCCCAACACCAGUAACAUGUAGCUCAGAGACGAUGUGUAUAACAGCUACCAUCUUAGCUACUCAAUCUGGAACUUCAGUAACACAGCUCUACAAAGCCUGUGCAGCGUCCUCUCUGUGUCCGGCUACAGGCACCUCGACUUUUUCAGUCAACUUGGGAUCCCAAAGUGCAAUUGCAUCUGCUCAGUGCUGCAACACAGACACCUGCAACUCACAGACUCUGCCUGCCCCAACUACUCCUGCUGCAAACUCCCUUCAAUGCAUUGCUUGUAACCCCACAACUUCUCAGUGCACCACUCCAAUAACCUGUUCAGGAAAUGAGACCAACUGCUUCUCAGCAACUUUGAAAAAUGGAGCAAACACAAUUCCUGCACUGGGUUGUGCAUCACCAAACACCUGUACAGCUGCUUCAGGUCUGGGAAGUUUGCCGUUCAUGCAGAGUGUUGGUUCAAUCAGUGGACCAACCUGCUGUGCAACCAGUUUGUGCAAUAAUCCAAGUACAACCACCACUGCUGCACCAACCACUACAACCACCACUGCUGCACCAACCACUACAACCACCACUGCUGCACCAACCACUGCAACCACCACAGCUAACCUGUACCAGGCUCAGUACAAAGCAGCCAUCAGCCACAACCGACUGGGGGUUUGA